GCCUGUUCGGGUGAAUAAUAUUAGCAAGAUGGCGGCGGCUCCGGCAGGAAGCGGUGUAGAUGUUCAGGCACGAUUUGGCCACUCAGUGAAGGGACUGCUGACCGAGAAGGUGACCAGCUGCGGUACAGAUGUCAUCGCCCUCACUAAACAGGUGUUGAAAGGCUCCCGGAGCGCCGAGUUCCUAGGGCAGGCUGCCAGAAACAUGGUGAUGCAAGAGGAUGCCAUAUUGCACUCAGAAGAUAGUUUAAGAAAAAUGGCCAUUAUAACCACUCACCUGCAGUACCAGCAAGAAGCUAUUCAGAAAAACGUUGAACAGUCUUCAAAUUUGCGUGAUCAACUGAGCCACCUUCUUCUGAAAUGAAGAGAAAUUAUGCAUGUUAUUAAAAAGCAGCUAGAAACUGAUGGGAGAAAACACAUCUUGGGACUUGCGUAGACCCUUUCCCUGUUCCCUAUACAUCCUCAGCAGAAGCACUGUGGGACUGACCUAGUCCAAAACUCAUUUGCUAAUUGUGAUGAUGCCAAGUAUAUGUUGCUCUAUGUAUAACUCUCUGACCUGGGAAUGGGAACAGCCCUUAAUUUUUUAAUUGCAGAUCUUGCAUUUGUAAAAGGCCAGUUAUUUCCUUUUAUUUAUUUCUUGUUCUUUUCUCUUUAGGGAGUUAAGACGCAGCAGGAUAAAUUUUCCAAAGAAUUUAUACUUCUGCAGAUCACAAAUCAUACACCUUGUUUUC